AUGACUCAUUUGGACGUUGUGGGAAAUUUCCAUGGGCCACCACAGAGGCGAUAUGACCCCUACGCUUAUACUUACAACCCAGGAUGGAGGGACCAUCCCAAUUUGAGUUAUGGGGCCAAUCCACGAUAUAACCAGCCAUACCAAAAUCGGAAAACCAAGGCAUCUGUAAGAGAAUUGACCACAUCAAUUGAGAAAAUGAGUUCUCAAGGGAAGCUUCCGUCACAAACAGAACUGAACCCAAGACAAAACGUGAAUGUAAUGAUGCUGCAAAGUGGAAAGAUGCUGGAACCAAAUCCUGGCAGAAAUCUUGGCCAAGAAAUUGACCAGGAAAAGCCCAAAAAUGAUGAACAGGCUGUCACAGUUGGUGAGAAUGUAUCCGUAGUGUUACAGCGGAAAAUGCCAGGGAAAUGCAAAGAUAGGGGAAUGUUUGCAAUACCAUACAAAAUAGGUUUUUUGAUGAAAACAGGUGUUAUCAUUCAGUUGGCAGACAGGUCUAUUGUGCAUCCCGAAGGAGUCCCUGAGGACGUAUUGGUAAAAGUUAACAAAAUUAUUUUCCCUACAGAUUUUUAUGUGAUAGAGAUGGAGGAGGAUAGCACUCUUGGAUCUUCAGACCUCUUGUUGGGCAAACCUUUUCUUAGUACCGCUAGCAUUAAAAUCGACGUUCGAAGUGGAACACUCACGAUGGAAUUUGAUGGGGAGAUCGUGAAUUUUAAUGUUUACGAUGCUAUUAGUCAUCCAAGAGAAAUCUUGAGUGUAUACCGUGUUGACAUAAUUGACUCAUUAUUAGAGGAGACUUUUGAGUCAAUUUAUGAAGAUAAAUCUGAAUUUAUAUUUGAUGAUCAAGAAUCUGUUAAUGAAUUAUUGUCUCCAUCAAACACUAAAAUUUUACCUUCUGUUGUGCAGGCUCCAUAUUUGGAAUUGAAACCACUUCCCAAACAUCUUAAAUAUGCGUUUUUGGGGAAAGGUAAUACCCUACUGAUCAUAGUUUCGAAUAAACUUUCUAAGCUCGAAGAAGAAAGAUCCAGUUACUAA